AGCUGCAGUCAGCGUUCGGCAUUUGUGUGGGUGGGGAGAAUAAAUGGAGAAGAUUUUUGGGAUUUAUGUUUAGUUUUCUGGUGAUGAUUUUGAUUGAAACUCAUACCGUUUGUGUCAUUCACGUCUAUUCUUCAAAACGCGAGUUCUACCAUGGCUGCAAGGAGAUCCGGAGGAGUGCAGAGAGUCUUAGAUAAAUUGGAGGCGUCUGUAAGCGCUGGCAAUUUCUAUGAAGCACAUCAGAUGUAUAGAACUCUCUAUUUUAGGUACUCAAUGCAAGAAAAGUAUAAAGAACUGCUGGAACUUCUCUACAGUGGAUCUAAACUUCUCCUUCAAAACAAGCAGCUGACAAGUGGCGCUGAUCUAUGCAAUCUUUUUGUUGAUGUACUUCAAAAAUCAUCAGAACCUGUGACAGAAGAACUUGUUCAGAAGUUGUCAGAACUCUAUGGGUUAAUUGGUCCAAAUGUGCCCGAAAGAGACACUUUUCUCGCUAAUGCAAUGCGAUGGUCUGCCAAGGGCUCACCUGAAUAUAAGACUGGCCAUCCGCUACUUCAUAAAGCGGUAGCUCAAACAUCCUGGAGAGAAAAGAAUUAUGUAGUUGCUAGGUACCACUUUUUGCAUUCUAAUGAUGGAUCAAGCUUUGCCAUGAUGCUGGUUGAAAUACAUACAAGGCAAGGAUAUCCGAGUGAAGUGGAUCUUUUUAUUACUCAAGUGGUUCUUCAGUACUUAUGUCUUCAAAAUAAAACCACUGCUUUUGAUGCAUUUCACUGGUACACAUUGAAACAUCCUAAUAUUAAGUCUGGGCCACCAUAUCUUUUGCCUCUUUUGAAUUUUAUCUGGUUCCUCUUAAAAGCUAUAGAAAGUGGAAAGCUACCGGUGUUCACAUUACUUUGUAAAAAGUACAAACCAAGUAUUGACAGAGACCCUACCUACAACAGUUACUUGAACAAAAUAGCCCAGAUUUUCUUUGGUCUUCCACCUCAGAGACCCAGAAAUCAAGGAUUAUUUGGUAACCUUAUGCAGUUAUUCAAUGAUGCUGGCCAUGAUUCAGACUCAGAUCAUGAAGAUUCAUCUUCUAGAGCUAGCCUUACACAGAAUAGGAGCAGCCAGAAGAUGGAAACUGAAGAUUUGGACUGAUCAUUUUUGUUAAUGUGAGUAAAAAUUGGAGUUGGGAUAAAUAUCAGGUUAAGGGCUGUGACCGUUUUGUGGCUGGUCAGAUGGGUCAUAAACACUUUCUUCAUCUCUCUGUAUUCUUUGUUAAUGAACAGUUGAUCUAUUAGGAAAUAAAUUUCUUAAGUAAUAGGUUCUAAAUUAAUUAUCCAUCCAAAAAGAUGUAUAUACGUGUCUGCAUGCAUUGUAGUUGAAAAUGACAACCAAGGACUCUAUGCCAAAACUUCUCCAAACAUGUGAAUGUCUCUCAUUCUUAAGCCUACUAAAACUAAUUUCUCUUGGGCUUGUGCACUUCCACUGCUGACAUCCAUUGAGGCAAAAACUGAAGGUAGUAGAGUAAAGUCUAUCUCCAUUGGUUUACAAUUGGGCUUGUCAGGCACUAGGACUAGGGAUCUUACUUUGUUUAGCAUUUAGAAUAUGUGAUGAAUGCUGGUGUGAUUUUCUUCAAGCUGUUAAUUAUUUUAAUCAUAUUUUUAUUGUUUUACUAAAAGUUCUGUUAUUGUUUUUCUAUUGUCAUACUAUUGUCCAGAGUCUUUUUCUAUUUCCCUCUUCUUUUUAAAAUAAAAAUAGAUGAUUGAGUGAAUACUGAGGGUUGGCCUCAGGCACUUCAAGCCAGGAGAAAGAUGAUAAUGUCAUUAAAAGGAACUUUGUGUGUUUAAUUCACAUUAUCUUUCAAUACCAGGCAUCACCUGUACAUAAUUUUUAUGUAAAGUUUAUUUUUUGUUUUUGCUUGCCAUUUUUAAUAGUCAAGUUGUUUUUUUUUCUGUUUUUUUUUUCUUUUUCUGAAGAAAUUACAUUAAAGUCUGCUUACUCUUCAAGAUUGGACUUAAAAUGAAUGCUUCCUUACCCACCUUGCUGCGUAAACAAGUUGCCUUUGGCGCUUUAAACCAGUUUUGGAAAAUUACUUUCUUUUUAGAGACCAAGCAGCCUUUGUCACCUCUUACACAAACCAAACCAACUGGUAACUGUGUAGUGGUUAGCAUCUAUUAUUCAAUGCAAGAGAAAUGCAUAGGAACUUUUCUUUUAAAUGUAACAAUUUGCAACUGUUCAUGAUUUUGAUAUAUUUAACCUGUAUAGUUAAUUGUUAUUUAUUUUGUAAUACACUUUUUCUCUAAGGA